AUGAUGAGCGCAGAGACUGCGACUGUGGUCAUCUUUGCCACCUCUGGCCAUGGAAACUGGUACAUUGCUGUGCUGGAAAUCCGUCGCCUUUUGCAGAAAGCUGGCAGUAUUUGCCAGAUUCGAAUAUUGGACUCGCGGCGGAUCUAUACUUUUCCACUCGAUCCUUCAACGGAUAAGAUGCUUAUCGAACAUUUCUAUGCAUCGUUGGAACACUCGGUCGCGACAGAAUUGCGAGAAUCCGGCCUGCGUUGGACCUCAUUCACCAUCACCCGGCGCGGAUUUGAGGCUGACCGGGAGUCCUGCCAACCAGUCCUGACGAUCACCGCCCUCGAUCCCGACAGUCCACAGUGGUGGAAUGCUAUUCUACCUAGGCUACGUGGGGUCGAACACGGACUCGAUGUUGAGCUUAGAUAUGGCAAGCUCGAGCUGCUCACGUCCCAAGAAGAAAUCGACUCUGUUGACCGGCUUCAUCCGGACGCCUGGGGGAAUGGAAUGGUGAUGGGGGCAAGUUGUGGAUAUCAGACCGCCGAGACGACAGGCACCAUCGGGAUCAGCCUUACUCUGAGGGACAAGCAAGGGGAGGAGAGCCUGUUUGGACUCAGCUGUCACCAUGUUGUCGCUACGCCAGAAAUAACAAGAGCUGUUGAAGAUAAACCUCUGAAUGCCGCAAAAUGUGGCGUUAUGGUGAUGUCCCCGAGUGAUGGGGAUCACAAGAUAACGGCACAAGUCAUCAACAACGAGGUCAAGAUUGCGCAGAAUGUCCUGGAUGCCAAAUCUGCUAAAGCCUUCGUCGAAUCCUCGGCCGAGACCCUCAACGCCAUCAAUGAAGGGAAAGAGAGAACCAUGGAAAAUCGGAUUUGUUCUUCAACACUGCGCGAUUACGCUAACUCCGGUGGAGAGGUAAUAAAGGAAGUUGACACUUAUGCGGCUCCUCGCACAAUUGAAGGCCACCCUCCUGUCAUCAAACAUGGCCGGUCGACCGGUUGGACCACCGGGAGGCUCAACCCGGUCGUGACGGUGUGGAACUCGGAGUUCAUGAUGGGAUACUAUGGGCGUGAGAAGAGUAUGUGGACCUGGACUGCCGUCUCCUGUCCAGCGAAGUCUAUCUGUCAGCCUGGCGACUCUGGAGCGAUGAUAAUCGACAAUGGCGAGUACGCAGGCCGCUUUCUUGGCCAUUUAUUUGCCCAGACUACGGGUUUCCCCGAGCUGGGGCAUUUCAUCCCGUUGCAUCUGACGUUUCAAGAUGUUGAGGAGACGACGGGCUUUACAGUGAUCUCGCUGAAGCUAAACUUAUAA